AUGAACAAGACAUGUCGCAAAAAAGAGGAUCUGGACAGGCUACAGGAGGACCUGGACAGGCUACAGAAGGACCUGGACAGGCUACAGGAGGACCUGGACAGGCUACAGAAGGACCUGGACAGGCUACAGAAGGACCUGGACAGGCUACAGAAGGACCUGGACAGGCUACAGAAGAACCUCGACAGUCUACAGGAGGACCUGGACAGGCUACAGCAGGGCCUGAAGAGGACUACAAGAAUGAAGUUUAGUAGAGGGGGCGAGAAGACCAACAGUCCACCAGUAGACAGUCCUCCAGUAGCCAGUCCUCCAGUAGCCAGUCCUCCAGUAGCUAGUCCUCCAGUAGACAGUCCACCAGUAGACAGUCCUCAAGUAGACAGUCCUCCAGUAGACAGUCCUCCAGUAGACAGUCCUCCAGUAGACAGUCCACCAGUAGACAGUCCACCAGUAGACAGUCCUCAAGUAGACAGUCCACCAGUAGACAGUCCUCCAGUAGACAGUCCUCCAGUAGACAGUCCACCAGUAGACAGUCCACCAGUAGACAGUCCUCAAGUAGACAGUCCACCAGUAGACAGUCCUCCAGUAGACAGUCCUCAAGUAGACAGUCCACCAGUAGACAGUCCUCCAGUAGACAGUCCACCAGUAGACAGUCCUCCAGUAGACAGUCCUCCAGUAGACAGUCCACCAGUAGACAGUCCUCCAGUAGACAGUCCUCAAGUAGACAGUCCACCAGUAGACAGUCCUCCAGUAGACAGUCCUCCAGUAGACAGUCCUCCAGUAGACAGUCCUCCAGUAGACAGUCCUCCAGUAGACAGUCCACCAGUAGACAGUCCACCAGUAGACAGUCCUCCAGUAGACAGUCCACCAGUAGACAGUCCUCCAGUAGACAGUCCUCAAGUAGACAGUCCACCAGUAGACAGUCCUCCAGUAGACAGUCCUCCAGUAGACAGUCCUCCAGUAGACAGUCCUCCAGUAGACAGUCCUCCAGUAGACAGUCCUCCAGUAGACAGUCCUCCAGUAGACAGUCCUCCAGUAGACAGUCCUCCAGUAGACAGUCCUCCAGUAGACAGUCCACCAGUAGACAGUCCACCAGUAGACAGUCCUCAAGUAGCCAGUCCUCCAGUAGCCAGUCCUCCAGUAGCUAGUCCUCCAGUAGACAGUCCACCAGUAGCUAGUCCUCCAGUAGACAGUCCACCAGUAGACAGUCCUCAAGUAGACAGUCCACCAGUAGACAGUCCUCCAGUAGACAGUCCUCAAGUAGACAGUCCACCAGUAGACAGUCCUCCAGUAGACAGUCCUCCAGUAGACAGUCCUCCAGUAGACAGUCCACCAGUAGACAGUCCUCAAGUAGACAGUCCACCAGUAGACAGUCCUCCAGUAGACAGUCCUCCAGUAGACAGUCCACCAGUAGACAGUCCUCAAGUAGACAGUCCACCAGUAGACAGUCCUCCAGUAGACAGUCCUCCAGUAGACAGUCCUCCAGUAGACAGUCCACCAGUAGACAGUCCACCAGUAGCCAGUCCUCCAGUAGACAGUCCUCCAGUAGACAGUCCUCCAGUAGACAUAGUGUAUCAUGCACCACAAAGCCAAGAGAACCUUCCAGAGAGACUGAGGGCGACCAUUUGGGACGACCAUGCGUCCAGCAUGACCACCCUACUGCAAAGCCUCUCCACCUCCACCAACGUCACGCCAGUUGAUUUCCUUCAGGAGGAUACGGAGGUUAUUCUCUUCUACUCAAAGGAGGAUAACAUCGACCACUUUGAAUCACUUCCCAUCCACAAUGCACUCCGAGAAGUGCAUAUCACCUCUGAAUUCUCUCGCCGCUACCUUGCUGAGAUUGGUCUUCAUCAGGAGAUCCAACAAUUGGCUCUUCAACCGACACUUUCAAGAACUUGUGGACGCAAUUGA